AUGGUCAAGCAUGUUACUGUUAGGACAGUCAUUAGUGUGGCUACCAUGAAUGACUGGCCUCUUUUCCAAAUGGAUGUCUACAAUGCUUUCUUACAAGGAAGUGACAUUGGUAUGAUCAAUGAGCUUAAAACGGUUCUACACCAGAACUUUAAGAUGAAUGACUUGGGUGCACUAAAAUUUUUUCUUGGUAUAGAGGUUAUGAGGUCAAGCAAAGGUAUUGUGUUAAGCCAAAGGAAGUAUGUGUUGAAGUUGAUAGUCAAUGUUUGGUUAGGAGAAGCAAAACCAACAAGUACACCUCUUGAACAAAAUCAAAAACUUACUUCAAUUGAAUAUGACGAAACUAUACAACCAACUGUCAAUGGUGAUGAGCUAGUUUUAGAUAUUGCAGUAUAUCAACAACUUCUCAGAAGAUUGCUCUAUUUGACCAACAUACGACCAGACAUAUCAUUUGCGGUUCAACACUUAAGCUAA